AUGUCUAAAUCAACCCUCAACCCAAGCUCCAUCCAGAGCCGCCUCACAUACCUCCUAAAAUCCUGGCCCACCGACGCCGUUCGCCCAUCCUCAGUCUCUGUUCAAUCCUAUAUCCAAUCCCGUCUUCAGCCUACAGACAAGGCUACUCCAGCCAUAUCCGAGUCCUCCGUCAAUGCCUUGACCGCCCUGCUAAACGACCGCUUCGCGCGCGCGUAUCCUCUAUCGCCAAAGCUGCGCCGGCCGGCGAGUAGCCCCGAUCAUUAUGAUAAUGUUGUGCGGGAGUUUGCGGAGGCGCCCACUCGGGAUUGGCUUGGACGUUUGAAGAAAAGAAUGGCUGGUAUUAUCCGAUUGUCGUGA